AUGCGGAUCCCGGAGGCCAUCCGGGCGAAGCCCGUCUCGAAGCUCCUGCGCGCCUGGACGAAGGAGUACGAGCGGCGCGCGCCGGGCGCCGACACCGCCGGCCUCGGCCUCGAGUGCGACGGGUCGCCGCUGCCGCUCGACGCGGCCAUCGGGUCGCUGGCGCCGGGGCUGCGGGACGCGGAGGAGACGGGCGACUUCGCGCGCGAGCCACCGGACGUCGACGUCACGCCGCUCUUCGCGACGCGGCGCCUGCUCCGCAUCGCGGAGCGCGACGGCGGCGCGCGGCUCGGCUGCGCGACGGGCGGGCCCUGCCGCGUGCGCCGCCUCCCCGGGUCGCCGCCCUUCCCGGGUUUCGACGCGCGCUGCGCGGCCUGCUUCGAGGCGCGGCCCGCGGCGGAUUUCGGCGGCGACGCGCCGGAGCUCGUGUCCGUGGUCUGCCCGACGACGGGCGACCGCGCGUCCUUCCACGCGCUGCUCUACGCGAACUUCGCGCGGCAGGAGCGCGUGCCCCGGCGCGAGCUCGUCGUCUUCGACACGGGCGCCGCGCCGUCGCCGUUCUUCGCCGCGCUCGACGACGGCCGCGUGCGCUACGUCCACUCGACAAACACAAAACUGGGCCUCGGCGCGAAGCGCAACCGCUGCGUCGAGCUCGCGGCGGGCGCCGUCGUCGCGUGCUUCGACGACGACAACGUCUACGGGCCCGACUACCUCCGCGUCAUGCUCGCGCACCUCCGCCACUCGGGCGCGCGCUGCGUGUGCCUCGUGCGCUGGACGACGUACUCCGUCGCCGACGACGCCUUCUACGUCGAGGGCGCCAAGUGGAGCGGCAUCCACCACCUCCGGUCCGCGAACGGCGAGACGCUCGUCUACCGCAAGCCCGACCGCGAAUCGCCCGUCGUCGGCGACGUCGACGAGUACCCGCCGGACCGCAACGUCGACGAGGACCGCGUCGCCAUGUUCACGGCGCUGUCCCACGACCUCGACGACACGCCCGCGAACAUCUUCCUCCACAUGGAGCACGGGCGGAACACGGUCCCGGCGGACAGCUGGGACAACUGCGUCGAGUUCCGCACGCCGCUCGACGGCGACCGCGUCGCGGCGCCCGUGCGCGCCGCGCUCGCCGCGGCGGCGUCCGUCGUCGAGGCCGUCGCCCGGGAGCGCGCGGCGCGCGGCCCGACGCGGGCGCGGCCCUUCGUGCCCAAGCAGCGCAAGUUCGCGAUCGGUAAGGCGAAAUGCUAG